GAGACCACAGUGUAGUGGAGACUAGAGAAUCCAAGUUCUCAUUGCACCGGCACCGCACAUGACAUGAUGGAGUGUGAAAUUAUUUAUUAUUUCUGUCAUUAUGUUAACCUACUAAACUUGAUUUAUUUAGUCAUUGGGCAAUCACAACCGCUCUUCAUUUGGUAAACCCUUUACAAUAAGUUUCCCGAAAGCCGAGACUGCCUUGGACUGUCGGUAUCAGAUCACAUUAUAUCAUAAUGAUGAUAUUAUUAUUUUGUUUUGUUUACAGGCAGCUAAUUUGGUAUGGAGGCAGACAAGAAGGUCAAGAGACAGGGCCCAUGGAGAGACUUGCUUCAGUUAAGUAGUUUAGGUGUGGAAAUCAGGUGGACAGUACAGUUGCAUACGUCUCCAUCUCAUCUGAUUUUAACCACCUACCAAGGAACCUAAUACCCACACUCUUCCUCCUCCACCUCCUCUCUCUCUCAUUGAUCUUCUUUCUUUGCCUUAUUCUUGUUCAGUUUUUUUUUCUCUUCUCAGCCUUGCUUGUAAUUCCUUGCAUCGUUUUCUGCUAUAAAAUUAUCACUUCCUAUACUGAAAGACUUGCAACUUUCAAAUCCAUCUGUCUUUCUUUCACUCAACUUGUUAUGAAGAGGGAUCUGCACUCUCAUUUGAUUCUAAGGUUGCUUACAUUAUAUAGAAAGACGAUGGGUGGAAAUGGGGUAUUGUACCCAAUUCUUGGAUUUGCUUCAUGUGUGGCUUUUAUUUACAUGUCUUUUGGCGACUUGAAGCUUAGUAGUCUCCCUAAGGGACUAAGUUUAAGUUUUGUGGAAAGGAAUGGGAGUCGCUUCAUUUUGGAUGGUAAACCGUUAUAUGUAAAUGGAUGGAAUUCAUACUGGUUAAUGGCUCAUUCAAUGGAUGAAAAUAGCAGGCGUAGGGUGAGUGCAAUGCUGCAAGCUGGUGCAAAGAUGGGUCUCACUGUUUGUAGAACUUGGGCCUUAAAUGAUGGAGGGUAUGAUGCUCUCCAGAUUUCCCCUGGCCAGUUUGAUGAGAGAGUUUUCCAGGCCUUGGAUUAUGUCAUAGGGGAAGCAAGUCGACAUGGGAUUAGGUUGCUUCUUAGCUUAGUAAAUAACUUGCAAGCAUAUGGUGGAAAGAAAAUAGAUGGGAGUAUAUAUGGCGGAGUAUCUGUAUAAUUUUCAGAAAAAAGUCUCCUUGUUGUAAACAUGGUCAUCCCUGGGUCUUGUUUCUACCUAUGUAAGUAUAUAGCAACUGUCCUAACAAGGAAGAACACCAUCACUGGAAUUGAAUAUCGGAACGAUCCAACCAUCUUUGCUUGGGAGUUAAUAAACGAACCCCGUUGCAUGUCUGAUCCUUCUGGGGAUACUCUUCAAGAAUGGAUAGAAGAGAUGACAGGUUUUAUAAAAUCAAUAGACAAAAAUCAUCUAUUGACCAUUGGUCUGGAAGGAUUCUAUGGUCCUAAAAGCCCCAAGAAGUCAGCUCUGAAUCCAGGGGAGUGGGCAUCAACCCUUGGAUCUGAUUUUGUCCGCAACUCCAACAUUACAAAUGUCGAUUUUAUUUGUCAUAUAUAUCCUGACCAUUGGUUUCAUGAUCUAGGAUUUUAAGAAAAACAAAGGUAUGUUUCCAAGUGGGUGCGGUCGCACAUUGAAGAUUGUGACAAAGAACUGAAGAAGCCUGUUAUGUUCACAGAAUACGGCUUGUCAAAUCAGAACAAAGACGUCCAGGCAUCCCAGAGAGAGCAGUUUUAUAGGACUAUUUUAGACCUCAACUAUAAAUCUGCUAAGAAGAAAGGGUCUGGGGUGGGUGCUUUAGUCUGGCAAUUCCUUGUUGAAGGAAUGGAAGAGUACAACGAUGAUUUCGGGCUUGUGCCGUGGGAAACCCCAUCUAUUCACAAACUCACAAUACAACAGUCCUGCAGAUUGGCCAGAAUUCAAGGACUUAAUCAACAAACUGGUAACUUGAAACAACUGUGUUCCUAGAGAUACUAGGUGAGAAACCUCACUUGUAUAACCAUUUUUUAUUUUUAUUGUUUUUUCUUUCUCAUCACCAUACUUGAAAUUACAUUUUCCAACCAACGGUAUAGUUUUAGGAAGAA